UCUCAGGAUGGCAUUUGAUCGCACCUUGAAAGUGUAUGAUCCUCUAAAAGCUGGGAGUAUUGAUGGUACUGAUAAGAUACCUCACGAUAAAGCAAUAAACAGGGCUAUGAAUGCAAACUACCUGCCUAGAAACUGUGCUAAAUCCUCCAGAACACUGUUUGUCGGCCGACUGAGUUCUACCACAGACACUGAAUCAUUGGAGAAGUGUUUUAGGAAGUACGGGAGGAUCUCAAACUGUAGAGUUGUACAGGAUCCUGUCACAUUGGAGUCAAGGAGGUACGGUUUUGUGACAUUCUCUAAAAUAGAAGACACGGAUUAUGCCAGAGAGCAAACAAACAAUGUUAAGCUUGAUAACAGUGUUCUAUUUGUUGACUACGAGAACUCACACAAUAUGAAGGGGUGGGUUCCUAGAAGACUUGGGGGAGGGUUUGGAGGUGACAAGAAAUCAGGGCAGUUAAGGUUUGGAGGUAGGGACCGACCCUUCAAAGCACCAAUACUUCUUACAUCAGACCGCACUAUAACUUCCAACUACGACACAAAACACUCCAGCUGCAGAAAUGAGCGACAUCAGAAACACAGAAAGAGGAGUAACAAUAGGGAGUCUGGGGAUGAGAAGCGAAGUAAACACCGAUCACGUGACAACCACGUGAGAACUGGGCACAAUAAAAACAGUCGAUCAGAGAAGACAUGAACAGCUACUGUGGUGGUAGAGAUUUUAGAUACUCGAAUUGUUUAGCUGAUAAUGGUUUUAAAUGUUUAUUUUUGGUGUGACGUUCAAAUUUUAUUAUGGGUAUUCAAUUGCUGUUGCUUUGUAAAAUAUACUUUGUCUUAAUAUUUAA